GCAAUGAAAUUCCCCUCCUCGCCUGAGAUGGGAGAAAUUCUGGAGUGGUCAAGUCGCGACGCGACCGGCGCGAGAAGAAAGGGAAAUCCUUCGCGCUGGUUUUGGUCAAUGGCCUCAACCGUGGCGAUGGGGUGAUGAUGGUGGGAAGGAUGGAGGGAGAUGGAGGAGAGAUGGUCUACGACGAGAUUUUCAAGCACAUGAAAAUGAAGCCUUCCCUCGCCAACGAAUUGGGAGGAGAGAGGCCUGGGCUUCGAUCUCGCGGUGUUGGUUUUUGGUCAAUUGACCUCAACCGUGACGAUGAGUGUGAUGAUGGUUGGAAAGAUGGGGAAACUGGGGAAGAAAUGGACUACGACGCGAUUUUCGAGCGGAUGAGGGCUUCCCACGCCAACGAAUUGGGAGGAGAAAGCCCUCGACUCGGAUCUCGCGAUGUUUUGUCAACCUACCUUUACGGCGGUGGUAAAAUUAUGGCGGUGGCCGGCGGGAAACGAGAGAGAGAGACGGAACAAAGAGAACGGGGACCGGACGACGAGAAGUCACGCGGUGGAAAAGAGCGUGUCUGGGGGAGAGGAGAGGAAGAGGAGGAGGGAGGGGGAGGAGGGGAUUUAUACCUCAGAGGAGGAGGGCAGGACCCGCUUGGGUGAUUUUGCUGCGAUUGCGGGUGCGAGGGGCGCCGAAAAC